GAUCGGCUCUCACACACGAGGAGGAGGGUUGGGCCGCCGCCGUCGUCGCCGCCGCCGCCGCCGCCGUCGUCGCGAGUGCGGAGUCGGGACUGGAGCCUCUGUCGCGGCGACCCCGGGGACCGAGUCGCUGGCCGCCGGCCCUCCUGCCUCGCCGUCUUGGUUGGGUCCUCGCGGCCUGCUCCUCCCCGGCGGGACGCCCCCGCCUCCAUUUCCCGCCCUCUCUCCACCACACACACGGCCCCCCCGAUCAUGGAUCCCGGCAGCGGCGGCGGCGGCGGUGGUGGCGGCGGUGGCGGCGGGAGCAGCGGCAGCAGCAGCGACUCGGCGCCUGACUGCUGGGACCAGGCGGACAUGGAGGCCCCCGGGCCGGGCCCGUGUGGGGCCGGCGGCGGCGGCGGCGGCGGCGGCGGCUCCUUGGCGGCAGGGGCCGAGGCCCAGCGUGAGAACCUCAGCGCGGCCUUCAGCCGGCAACUCAACGUCAACGCCAAGCCCUUCGUGCCCAACGUCCACGCCGCCGAGUUCGUGCCGUCCUUCCUGCGGGGCCCGGCCCAGCCGCCGCCACCCUCGGCCGGCGCCGCGGCCCCCAACCACGGAGGCCCAGCGGCGCUGGUGGAAUCUUCGCAAGAGGAACAGUCAUUUUGUGAAGGUUCAAAUUCAGCUGUUAGCAUGGACCUUUCAGAACCUGUUGUGGAAAAUGGAGAGACAGAAAUGUCUCCAGAAGAAUCAUGGGAGCACAAAGAAGAAAUAAGUGAAGCAGAGCCGGGGGCCGGUUCCUUGGGAGAUGGAGAUGGAAGGCCUCCAGAGGAAACCACCCCAGAAAUGAUGGAAGAGGAAGAGGAGAUACCCAAACCUAAAUCUGUGGUUGCACCACCAGGUGCUCCCAAAAAGGAGCAUGUCAAUGUCGUGUUCAUCGGGCAUGUGGAUGCAGGCAAGUCAACCAUUGGAGGACAAAUAAUGUAUUUGACUGGAAUGGUUGACAAGAGGACACUUGAGAAAUAUGAAAGAGAAGCUAAAGAAAAAAACAGAGAAACUUGGUACUUGUCAUGGGCCUUAGAUACGAAUCAGGAAGAACGAGACAAAGGGAAAACAGUCGAAGUUGGUCGGGCCUAUUUUGAAACGGAAAAGAAGCACUUCACAAUUCUGGAUGCCCCUGGCCACAAGAGUUUUGUCCCCAAUAUGAUUGGUGGGGCUUCUCAAGCCGAUUUGGCUGUGUUGGUAAUCUCAGCGAGGAAAGGAGAGUUUGAAACUGGAUUUGAAAAAGGAGGACAGACAAGAGAACAUGCAAUGUUGGCAAAGACAGCUGGUGUGAAACACUUGAUUGUGCUUAUUAAUAAGAUGGAUGACCCAACAGUGAAUUGGAGCAAUGAGAGAUAUGAAGAAUGCAAAGAGAAACUAGUGCCAUUUUUGAAGAAAGUUGGCUUCAAUCCCAAAAAGGACAUUCACUUUAUGCCCUGUUCAGGACUAACUGGAGCAAAUCUUAAAGAGCAGUCAGAGUUCUGUCCAUGGUACAGUGGAUUACCAUUUAUUCCUUACCUGGAUAAUUUGCCAAACUUCAAUAGAUCAGCUGAUGGACCAAUCAGGCUGCCAAUUGUGGAUAAGUAUAAGGAUAUGGGCACUGUGGUCCUGGGAAAGCUGGAAUCCGGAUCUAUUUGUAAAGGCCAGCAGCUUGUCAUGAUGCCAAACAAGCACAACGUGGAAGUUCUUGGGAUACUUUCUGACGAUGUGGAAACUGAUUCUGUGGCCCCAGGUGAAAACCUCAAAAUCAGACUGAAAGGAAUUGAAGAAGAGGAGAUUCUUCCGGGCUUCAUACUUUGUGACCUUAGUAAUCUUUGUCAUUCUGGACGCACAUUCGAUGCCCAGAUAGUGAUUAUAGAGCACAAGUCCAUCAUCUGCCCAGGGUAUAACGCGGUGCUGCACAUUCACACCUGUAUUGAGGAAGUCGAAAUAACUGCCUUAAUCUGCUUGGUAGACAAAAAAUCAGGAGAAAAAAGUAAGACUCGACCUCGUUUUGUGAAACAAGAUCAAGUAUGCAUUGCUCGUUUAAGGACAGCAGGAACCAUCUGUCUUGAGACCUUUAAAGACUUCCCUCAGAUGGGCCGUUUCACCUUGCGAGAUGAGGGUAAGACCAUUGCAAUCGGAAAAGUUCUGAAACUGGUUCCAGAGAAAGACUAAGCAUUUUCUUGAUGACCCUGCACAAUACUGUGAGGAAAAUUGACUGCAAAAGCCUACUUCACACCGCCUUCUCUUACUUUCUGCCCAUUAAUAAACCUUUCCCCAUAUUUUGCAAAGAAAAAAUUCAUAGCAAAAGUCCACAUUAUGUCAGCUUUCUCAUAUUGAGAGCUCUGCUAUGCCACUGUUGAGUUUUUCCAGAUUCCCCCAGCCCUUUCAAACUGCUUCCUUGGACAGAUUUGGCAAUAGCUUUAUAAGUGAUGUGGACAUAAUUGCCUACAAUAAUGAAAACCUACAGGAAUUUUUUUAUUUCUUAUUUUUAAUUUUCUCCCUAGGCAUAAUUAGUCUUUUUCCCCAGGCAGAUCAUUCUGAGUGUGCGAGUGUGUGUGCACAUGUUAAAAAGACAACUACCAUGUUAAUAAAAUAUUCAAUUUGAAACCCUUUUCGGUAUUUGAAUUGCUUUUGAAUAAUGUUUUUUAUCUCGAUGUAACAUUGUUGCAUUAGCUUUUUAACUCCCAAGUAAUUGAAUACAUUUUAUUACUUGGAUUUUUCUAAACUCCCUGCCCACUACUUUAAAUGAGACAUGUACAACAAUGUUAAAGUUUGUAUAAUCGGAAAGCAUUCGUAUGAUGCCUUUUGAUGAUGGGUACUGGUACCUACAGGACAUACAGAGAAACACCUUUAUGCAACUGUGAUGCUGCUUUAGUAGCUAGGUCUUUGGUUAUUUUCUGCCAAUUUAUAUUUUAAUAUGAUUUCACCAACACAGUAAGGUGUUUUAAAAUGAAAAAAAUAGCAAACUGUUGUUUUUAUAAGUAAAGCUUACAAUUGUACCCCUACCGAAAAUUCCAUUAACUGGUUUACAUUAAUGGAAUUCACAAUAAAGAAAGCAUGUUCAGACCUGGCAAAAAUGCCUUUUAGUAUUUUAAGCACUGCAUGCAUCUAGUAUGAAAACCGUAUCAAUUACAAGUGCCACUUCUACAAGUUACACAGUCUAUUCUUUAUAUCAGUAACUUUAAAGGUUGGAGGAUCCUUGCUGAUUAAAGCUAAUUCUCAACCGAGUGACUAAAUGAUCAUAUUUAGAAUCACCAGAAACUGUACAGGCUAAAAUUAACAGUGAUAGAGUCAAGCACAGCAUAAGUUUUAUCUCAAUUAUCUGAUGUUGAGUUUUCUUUAAAUACAAAGCUGGAAUUUACAAACCAUGGUCUUGAUGAACCACACUGCAGCACUGUGGUAGAUUUCAGUUAAAAGCUGACUUUCUGCUAUAACUGUCAUGAUGGAAAUGUUCCUAAUAUUAAGUGGGAAAUGAAAAGGGCACAUCUGGGUUUAUCAGUGGUCUCCACUUUGAAUGGGUAUUACCAUUUAUCAAAGACUUGGCCACUUUUACAUUGUGAUUUGUUUCAAAAUAAAAUGUUUUGUUAAUUGUAUGUUUAACAUGUCCAUUCCCUUAUAAUAUUGCUCCUCAGAAAAGAAAGCCUAGCCCACUGUGUUCCUGUAUUUACAGUCACCAAACGUAAAGCUUAAUUUUUAAUGGUGGUUUCUGAACUAUGAGAUUUUUGUUUGAGACAAAUGAGUCUUAAGUGUUUUAUGGACUGCACUUGUGGCUACUAAGUUGCAUGAAAUCUACAUUUCACUAUGUCUACAAGUUUCUGGGCUUUCGUUUUUUCGGGGAAGUAUGGAAGAAUGAAUUAGGAAAAGGUUUCUUUUUCAAUAUGUCCUCAUUAAUAAGAAAAACUAGCAAUUGCUUUGAUCUUAUUCUUCAAAAGCUUGUCACUGAAAUUAUUCCCCCAAAAAUUUCCCUUCUUAAACUGAACAUGUUUCCGAAACCAUUUAUUUGCUUUUAAAACAAAAUAUUACGUGCAUGUUGCCAAGAUUCUCAAGUAAAAUGAUUUGGAUAGAAACUGUGAAGCGCCUACCUCUACAAAAUAAUGUAAUAAAAGUACAAAAUAUUAACUAUAGUUUUCAUUGGAUCCUUAGCACAUUUGCAAGAUUAAUCCAUACUGUACAUUGAUGCGCUUUGAAAUUCUUCCAGUAAUGUUCCCACUUGACGAUGAUGCAUAUUAAACUCUUACAUACUCUUGAUUAUACUGCUUAGUCACAAGUAAGGAAACAGUGUCUGACACAGACCUGCAGUGUGUAGAUGUUGGAUUUCUUAAGAGCAAUACAUAGUCCUGUGCUGUCACUGCAUAUGGAAACUGAUUGACAGGGAGACCUACUACAGAGUUAGGUAUUAAAAAUCUCAAUAUUUUAGCAUAGAUAGGUUUGGGUCAUAAGUUCACAUCUUUUUUACAUUAAUCGUCUUUAUAUACAACUUUGAUGCUGGGUUAUUUAAGGCUUUCAAUUUAGUAGGCUGAACUUUAAGAGGUAUAAUUGAAAUAAACAUGUAACUAGUUGCCAUUUAAGUCUUAUUUCUUACCUGUGGAAGAAGGGAAAAUGUACUAUUUCUUGUUUAUAAUUUGCAGAAUUCAUCCAGUGAAAAUCUAUGUAAAAUCAAACCAAAAGAGUUGGAUUAAAAGUGUAUAUUGCCAUGGAACUAAGUGACAAGUAGUAUUCAUGAAUUACUGAACCCAUGUGUAUUUCUUGUUUUGAAUUGAAAAAUCUUGAAAUACAUGUAAUUGAAUGUAAAAAUAAAAAAAAACUUUGUAAAGUAAGGCUAUUCCCUGUAAUAGGAGGUAACUUAAACUUGUCUGUUAAGAAAACUACAAGAAUUUCCACUGGAGGACUUUGAGAAUUUAGGGGAAAAGUUACUGGCACAUCCUCUCAGUGGAAAUACUGCGGAUAUUUUGAGUCAUACUUGCAAGCAGGUGGAGUUUUGCAGCUGAAGGGAAACAAUCUGAAACUGCUACCGUCUGAAACUGGGGUAGAAAACCCAGUUGGUCUUCAGGAACACUGGAUGACUGCUAACAUGGCAGCGCUCUAGCACCUUUCCUGGUUGGCAGACUAGGUUGUGGACUGCUGCUUCACAGAUGACAGCUUCCAGGCUUUGGGUAGGGAUUUAUGGUAGUCAAGAGACAAAAUACACAGUAUUUAUUACAGCUCUUAACGUCAGGCAACUCUCAACCGUUAAACCAUUUGUGAAUUCCAGUUACAGCACUAUAGCUGAUUGUAGAAUGAUUAAAUGUAAUAUUCAGUGUUGGCCUACCUUCUUAGAAUAAACUGUGCAAUUAAUCCUCUCACAGACAUGUGUAAGGUAGAUAUAGUAGUCAUCUGAAUUUGGGAGUGAUUAUAUGCCUCCAAAUACUGCAUUUAUCUCCUCCAGCUAAUUUUUCAGUGAUCCCAGCACAUACUAUCUAGUGUUUUUUUUCCCUAGUUGUUACCAUGGCAGCAGAUUGUUAAGUACAUGUAAUUAUGUAGGCACAACUCAGAAGACUUAACUUUAGCAAUUGUUUUUAGGUUUCACAGUAAGUGGACUGGGAAAUGCUUUUAUUUUCUAGUAGUAAUUCAGUGGAUUGCAUUUGAGCCAAUUUACUGCCAGAAUCGAAAUAUAGUUCAGAUUUGUUUCUUGAUGGUUUAGGUUCUAGGAUAUUCCUGAUUUUCAGUAUCCUUGAACUUAUUACUAAGUCUUCCCUUCAAUAACUAAUACUAUUCUCACAUACCUCUAAUCCUAUGCUUCCUUGAAACAGUACUAUGCCAGCUGAGUUGUUUACUAAGGAUUAAAGGGCCUGGAGGUGUGGGAGUAGAAACUAAAAUCAGUUCCCUGUGUAAAGGGGAAAGCAGAGGCAGUAGGUCCAGUUAGGCAGAAAGCAGGAUUUCCUUGUUUUUCUGCCUUGUCAGAGCUACAGUGCCCUGUAAAUGGUAACAUGGAAACCUUGGGGUCCACCUCUGCCAGUCACAUUAUUAGCUCAGUGCUCCAGAUGUCAGUCCUUGCUACCUCCUUUCCUGCAGUGGCGGAAGUGAGUGCUGGAGCUGGCGCUGGCACUCUGACAAUCCUCAGGUGAGGGCUUUCGCCUCCAUUUCCUCCACAUGCAUUAGGUGGACCAGGUCAGAGCUUGCGAGGUCUGCAUCCUAGGGACUCCACAUUAAGCUCUCACAGGCAUAAUGUUUCUUUGAUGUUUUCAAGGAAAGGUGGGUCUCUAGUAGGCCAGGAUUUGCUGACUCAUUUUUACUAGAAAACCACUUGAUACCUAGGCAUUUUUAGAGACUAAAGAGAAAUAGAUUAAGCUCGCUGGGUUUUUUUAAACCUAAUUCCAAAGCAUGGAAGAGUGCUCUGCUAGGUAGAAAAGAAGCCCUUUAUGAUUUGUAGCUACCUUCUGUGCCUGACUUGGUGCCUGUGUGAGGAUUAAGCCCUUAUUAGUCUGCUCUUGCAAUUAAUUAUUCAAAUGACUGAAGUUAAAUUGCUUUUGUAAUAACAAUAAAAGUUGUCAUCUUCCCUUUUGA